ACGACAGUCCGGGUCCAGUGGUUUUACGACAGUAAUUACCGCCGUUCGUCGUGUGUUCAUUUUGCAUGCGGACACAACAACAUGGCAGCUGAGUAGGCGGUCUCACAGCGCCCAGCCGAGCGCCCGGCCGUUCUCCCUCCUUCUGUCGACGAUUCCCGUCCUCUCACCGCCGCCGAACAUGGACCAGAACGGCGAGCCGCCACGGAAGAGGAGCGAGAAAGCCACCGUGGCGGUGAAGAGUGAGCUCUCGGACGAAAUGAAGACUAAAGAUGAAGUAGAAUUUAAGGACUUUGCCGAGCACACCAUGAAUGAACUUCUUGGCUGGUACGGGUACGACAAGGUGGACAAGGCAGACACCGAAAACCUGGACCUCAAGAAAUUCACUGCCACAGUCGACCAGGGUGCCUCUACCUCAAGAUCCGAGGCAGGCGGUCCCCAGCCGUCUUCCACGGGCGCAGCCGGCGGACCUUCCCAGUCACCGGGCGUGGCCCUCGGCAACAUGGCCGCCGCGGGACAGGGAGGCAUCGUGGUGGGCGUGAAAAAUGGCGCUCUGCCCAGCCGUCCAGGAGAUGAAGACGACAACAUGAAGCAGAUCCUGUGUGCUUGGUGUCAGAAGGUCGGGGUCAAGCGGUACACCCUCAACACGAACAACGAGUCGAAAGAGUUCUGCAGUGAGAAGUGCUUUGCCGCUUGUCGCCGCGCGUACUUCAAGCGCAACAAGGUCUGCGACUGGUGUAAACACAUCCGCCACACGAAGGAGUACCUCGACUUCGGUGACGGGGAGAGGCGGCUGCAGUUCUGCAGCGUGAAGUGCUUGAACCAGUACAAGAUGGACAUCUUCUGUAAGGAGACUCAAGCCAACCUCCCCACCAACAUGCAGUUUAGUUCGGGCGCUCCCUCGCCGGGGCCGAUGCCACCUGUGGCGGUGGAUGUGAAACCUCCGACGUCGAUGUGUCCGCAGCCCCCCAAGAGCAGUCCCCAGGCCAACGGUCAGGUCCUGAUCACGCCGGAGCUGUGGCUAAAGGCGGCGGACGGGGACCAGGCGGGGCCUGCAGGGCUGCAGAACAGGCUGAUGAACCCUGCCGUGUCCAGGAGUUCCCCCGCGCUGCAGCUGCAGACGGAGCCGAGGAUGCCGCCGCCUCCCGUCGGCUCCCAGGCCCACCGCGACACGGUCAUCCAGGCCGCGCACAUGAUCAGACCGGGCAUGCCCCCCGGCAUGAUCCCCACAGGCAUCCCAGGGGGGAUCCCCCCUCGCGGAGCGGUCUCCCCCCUACAGAUCGUAGCUGACCAGAGAGUCCGGUCGCCCGCCAUGAUCCACCCCAUGCUCCACCCGAGAACUCCCACCCCGAACCAAGCCAUGCCUCCACUGGGGAUGCCGGGGCACUCCCCCUCACCGAGCAUGCCCCGCCCUCAGAUCAGGAACGACGCCCCCAUACCUCAAGGACUGUUUCCCCAACACUUCCCCCAACAACCUAUACCUCCUCACCUCGCGUUCGCCAACCCAGGACUGCUGCAGAACAUGCCUCAUGGCAACUUCAUGUUGCCACAGGAGGUACCAAAUCUUCCCCCAAUGCCUGGUCGGUCGCUGUUGCCCCCUCCAACACUAAUGGUGCCAUAUCCGUACUUCAUUCCAGUUCCAAUCCCUAUUCCCAUACCUAUCCCAGUCCCUGUACCUGUACCUACGGACAGUUCUCAGUCUGAAACAAGUAACCCGAAAAAUGAUGAAGCUACCAAACAAGCUGAUACAAGCUGUGAAAUUCUUCCAAGCACAAGCCAAUCUUCUGAAAACUGCACUACUGAAAGUGUUGACAAUGUCACAAAGAACACAGUUUCCAAUGAAGAUUCCACAAGUAGUGAUGCAUCAAGUUCAAAAGACACUCUAUCAGAGGCGAGAACAGAACAGCUUUCAAACUCCUUAACUGCCAACGACACAGAAGGGUUAGACAAAGAACCAACAAGCCAACCUUGUACAGGUUCUGCUGACACUAUACUGCUGAAUGGUGACAAAGAUGAGGAAACGUGCGACAGAAAGAAUGACGAUGCUCCCAGCCAUGACAAGACAAAAGAGGAUGACCAAGAAAGUGUCAAAGAGAAAAUAAUACCUUGUAAAAGUGAAGACAAAGAAAGCAGCCCUGAAGACAAACCUGCAUGUGACAGUGUCAACUCUGAAACAGACAAGAGUUCCAUUGACCAUGACCAUGACCAUGAAAAGGAACGGACUGCCAAUUGCCAAGGUGAGGCUGUUGACCUCUCAUUCACCCAAUUAGAAAUACCUCCAGCACAAACAAGCAGUAAUGAGACAGAAACAAAAAGGGAACAUUCUUUGACAUCAAAGGCACAGGAGGCAUCAUGUACUGUAACUGAAGUUGGAAAAGACAAGCCAUCUUUGUCAUCUGACCCUGAGAAAGGUCAGAGUACAAAAGAACAAAGUGAGGUGCAGCCAUCUUUACAAGAGGAACAAACAUCACAUGACAGCACAAAUGGGAAUUGCAAUGACCAACCCCAUGACAGCGUCGACUCCUGUGCUGCAUCUACGAACAGCGAGGCUGAGAAACAGGACAGUGAGUGCGGUGUACCCAAACAGCAGGAGAGCGAUGAAAUCCAUAGUUACGCCAAACCGCGAGCAGCCAUUCCCGUUUUGAAAGAAGCAUCCAUUGUGCUGACAGAUGUUUCUAAACAGGGCAGUGCAAAAUCCACCACAACCGGCGAGGACGGACCAGUCAGGGACCAUGCUUAUGCCCUGAGGGCUUCUGGGAAGGGUGAGGGGAACCAUGGGAAGGCAAAAACUGAGGCAAGUGAAGAAGAGCCUGCGGCAAAGAGACGAUGUUUAAGGAGUAGAGCAAGGAACAAGUAAGAAGCUGGGCAUCAUGCCUUCUGUAUCAGAAGGCAUAUCUGGAGAACAUCUCAAGACUUUGGCAUCAUCUAUAACAAAGAUUACUUCUUCCACAAUAGAGUUCAGGUUCUACAGAUGUCAGACUGGAAUGUAGAUAGACAAAUUUGAUAUCUCUCAACUUAACAAGAAGUGGUGAGAUGUUCCCACUUGUCAAAUAUCUCCAAUGAUGUGCCAGAUGUACAGUUAACAGUGUAAGGUAAACUAGACUUAACACAAAGUUUGGAAACGCGAUUGUUAUGUAUCAUAUCUCCUAUGACAAAGUAAAAAUGGAGAAUCUGAUAU